CUGAGGAAAGGAAGUUGCAGUGAACUGAAGAAAACUGUAAAAUGCAGAGAGGUGGAUCUGCAGCAGUGGAUAUGGGAGCUCUGUAGUUAUUUCUCACAGUUGCUCAGAGCUGCUCCUACACUAAUCUCCUGCAUGUCUUACUGUUUACCUGCUUUAUCACAGCUGCUUCAUCAGUGCUUUACAGCAAGGGCUCAAGGAGCACACUGACUUAUGUGAUGAGGGUGUGUGUGGAGCUGUGUGCAGUAGAGCGAGGUGUGUGUGUGGGUCUCCAGGUGAAGAAGCUUCUGCGUUCAACUGGAUGCUGUUCUGACCUGCAGCAGAUCGGAGUCCAGCUCACCAGAUUUAACCUGCUGAACGCUGAGGAGGACACACAGGACCCGGUGCAAGAGUGGGGUGAGGAGGUGGAGGAUGGCGUCGUGUACGGAGUGACCCUUCAUCGCAUAUGUGACCCUGCUGAUCUUACUGACCCCGCCCACUCAUCCGAGUCCCGCCACCGUGGCUGCAUGCAGUACCGGACGCUGAAGGUCCGGCGGCUCAAAGCGGCCACCCUGCAGAGGCUGGUCAGCGAGCUGGUCAAACCGGAGUGUGAUGAGCUGGACUAUGCCCGAAUCUUCCUGUCCACCUACAGAGCGUUCACCUGCACCUCCACGCUCAUACAGCUGCUCUUUCAGAGGGAAGACAUGAUCAGUAACCUGGACAGCAGUGUGUGUAUAAGAAGUUCUCUACCUCCGUUGGUGCGGUUGUGGUUGGAUGAGUUCUGGGAGGACUUUAGAGACUCUCCUCAGCAUCAGGCUCUCCGGGUGCUGUGUGUCCACCUGCAUCACCGGCUCUGUUUCAGACGCUUGGCACGGCAAGCCGAGGCCCUGCUGCACUCGCUACAGGAGGAAGAUAAACGAGCUGAGAUCAAGAGGUCAGAGCUCAGCAGUGCUGCUGCAGUGGACAGGCCCUGUGAAGAGAAGUUACUUGGGCCGGACCGAGUGGAGACGGGGAGUUUACUGGGCUUUUCUGCGCGGGACAUUGCGGAGCAGCUCACACAGCUGGACGCUGAUCUGUUUGUGCGCGUGGUUCCCUUCCACUGUCUAGGCUGCGUUUGGUCUCAGAGGGAUAAGAAGGAGAACCAGAGCUUGGCUCCGACGGUCCGUGCCACCAUCACCCAGUUUAAUGCGGUCACCAACUGGGUCAUCACCUCACUGCUGUGUCCAAACUCCACCUCCGCACCCACCUCUCCAAGCACACCCCGCUCACCCAAGUCACCCCGUUCCCCCAAAUCACCUCGUCCACCCAGAUCACCCCGGUCACCUCAGAUGUGCCGUUCGGCCCAGUGCCCGCUCACCAGCCCCGUACAGCGGGCGCGCGUUAUAGAGAAAUGGAUCUCCGUGGCACAGGAGUGCCAUCAGUUGAGGAAUUUCUCGUCUCUCAGAGCGAUCCUCUCUGCUCUGCAGUCUAAUGCCAUCUACCGCCUCAAAAAGACCUGGGCUGUGGUCAGCAGAGAAAGUGUGGCCACCUUUCAGCAACUGUGUGAGAGCUUCCUUGAUGAAAACUGUGUCCUGACAGCCAGAGAGAUCCUGGAGGAGGACGGGGCCCAGCCAAGUGAAGCCGACUCAUCCUCGGCCCCCAGAUCCCCCAAACUGAGCCCCUCCUCCAGACACAUGAGCUGCAGUAGUGGGGAAGUUCCUUACCUGGGCACAUACCUGACUGUUCUGACCAUGCUGGACACUGCACUGCCUGACACUGUGGAGGGAGGCCUGAUCAACUUUGAGAAAAGGAGAAGAGAGUUCGAGAUUUUGUCUCAGAUUCGGGUGCUACAGGCGUCCUGCUCUCUUUACUCGUUCCCCUCUCACCCCGCUGUCUGUUCCUGGCUCUACAGCUGCACUCCCCUCUCUGACCAGCAGAGUUAUGAUUUGUCCCGAGCGUUGGAGCCUCCGGUGGAUCCGUGUCCUAAUUCUCCAAGCUUUUGGAGCCAGCGCCUCCUCAGCAAGAAAAUCAGCUCGUUGUUGAGCAGUGAGAAAGCUCAUGCAGAUCAGAUCAGCGUGUCGUCCUCCGGCUCCAGCAGCUCCGAGAUGGACGACCUGCUCCCCCUUCGACACAAACCACAGUCUGGAUCCCUCCAGAACAUUUCCACAGACUCCGCCAUCUCCUCUGCCUCGUCCUCCCCCCAGCCGGACCACUGUGCUCUCAGCUCAGACAGUGCAUCUCCUACUCCGUGUUCAUCACCAUCGCCAUCUUCCUCCUCCUCCUCCUGCACCGCCCUCUCCCAUUCUGUGUUUAAUAAGGAGGUCGGCGACUCCUGCGUAAUCAGGGUCAGCAUGGAGCUGGACAUCGGCAAUGUCUACAAAAGCAUCCUGAUAACCAGUCAGGAUAAGACGAGUCAGGUGGUGCAGAGAGCGCUCGCCAAGCACAACCUGGAGAACAUGAGCUGCAGCGACUUCAGCCUCGUGCAGAUACUGGCGCACGACAAAGAGCUGCUGCUGCCAGACAAAGCAAAUGUUUUCUAUGCCAUGUGUCCCUCUGAGAGCUACGACUUUGUGCUCCGUCAGCGCUGGAAGAGUCACGCUAAAGCACCAGUAUCCUGCUCCAGUCCGGCAGCCGUGCCGCGAGGACGCCUUGCCAAAUGACUGCACCACCUCUAGUGCGGAGGACUUGCUACAGAUGAGGAUAUAAAUCUGUCCACUACAGCGCACCCAAUCCUGUAGGCCUUCAGUGCGACCAUCACUAAGCUAUUAGGGAAAAACCAGUGUCUGUGCUACCCUGUGGUGUGGAGGACUCACUACCGCCAGGACCAUCGUUCUCUCCAGGACUAAGCUAUUAGGAAAACAGUAAUGGUGUUUUGAACAGUAAUGUCUACAAAUCAGUGCCUCAUUUAUGGAUGCCUUGUUUUAUAAUUAAGUGUAAAUAUGAAGAAAGUGCUUUACAGAGUAGCUGCAGGAAUUAUCUCAGCUUAUAGUUCCCUCUGUAAUUAAGAAAGAGGAAAAACAGGAGGAGAAAGUCUAAUAUUUAAACUUAAAUAACUUAUAUAAAGUAUCUCUAACACCGUUUCCUGAAGGAUGUAUAGAUGAACCUUGCCAAGUUUUAUUGGCUUUAGGCUGAAAAUGUUUUAAUGAUUUUAUCAGUGUUGCCAAUAUGUAUGUAUGUAUGUAUGUAUGUAUGUAUGUAUGUAUGGCAAUAAUUCUUAAUAAUAACACAGAGCUAAUAUAUGAAUCUUAUAAAUGAAGGUUAGAGCAUU